AAAUACUCCAUCUUAUCGCACUCUACUGACCUUUAGUGCCACACGCGGUGACAGCCUAAGAAGCGGGCCGUGUUAGGCGCGUGAUAGGCACGGUGCUCCGGAUCAGUGGUCCGACGACCCCAGAAGAGAGUCAACGGAAACUAGAUAGCCGUCCGGAUGUGAAGUCAACAGAAAGUCCAACAGUGAAGGUGUAUGAUCUUCCAUAUCUGGGAUUCGCGUUUGCGUAAUAACCAGUUGCGUCAGACCAUAUACUAAGGCGAAUUAAUAUUAUAAAGGAGUACUCCAGAUUAUACCCCGGGUAUGAGAGGUAAGUAUCAGCCAGAGAGGAUAUCUGUGUCAGUAACGGUAAAAAAGAGCAGGGCCGACUUUGCCGUCUCCAGGUGGAAAUAGACGGCAUUUAAAUUUGAGCGAAGCCCCCUCACGUUGCAAAAGUCCAAAGCUAAUGUGGAGGAGGGUGGUUUGAGCCUCCAGCUCCGGAUACCCCACAUACUGGACGAAAUUUCACGCUGGUUACAAGUGGGAGAGUGGUAUUUCUCCGGCCGAGCAUGCUGGCCCAAUUCGGUUUUAUCCGUUAGGGCCCAACAUGGCACUACCACUCAAAGUGAACUUCAUUUUGUUGAAAAUUAUGUGAAUAAUCGGAUAAACAAAAUUACUGAUUGUAAUGAUGAUAACAUAUUCUGCUUGUAGCCAUUUUUAACAAGCAACCAUGGCUUAUAAAAAAUAUUAACAUAUAUAAAACUUCAAUUAUGAAUCCAAUUUAAGAAAAACAGGUGACUGUAACUAAUUAAAAAUAAUAUAAGUACCCAUUUUCGCCUGGCAAUCCUAACGCUGCGGCUGACUCAGAGUAAGCAUUUAUUUUUUCAAUUCUCAUUUCAGUCAUAAUUUUUUUUAUGGAAAAGGAGGACAAACGAGCAUAGGGGUUAUCUGGUGUUAAGUCAUCACCACCGCCCACGUUCUCUUGCAACACCACGGAAAUCAGAGGAGCAUUGCCGGCCUUUAAGGAAGGUGCACGCGCUUUUUUUUUAGGGUACCCAUUUCGUAUCGUCCCGGAACCGCACAAGGAAACUCACUCCACAGUUGAAGUACGUGGAAGUAAAUUCCGAGAAAACCGCACUGUCGAGGACCUCCACACAUCCAGAUGGUGGGGAUAGUAUCCCGAUUUGUGGCGUGUCUUGCGAAGGUGGAAUUCGGCGGCAGGAAUCAGUUGAAACAGCUCUUCGGAACACUCUCCGUGAUGAAUGCAGUAGAAGACACACAAUGAAGCGACGUCUCUAUUCUUGAAGAUAUUUAUUCUUUUUUUUAAUUUAAUCCUUUCAAUAAAGGGAGUCUAAUUUAUUUAUUUUGACUAAGCAACUAGAUCCAAAAUUUUCGUGAACACAAAUUAGAUUUAAAUUAUAACCUUUACACACCUAAGACACUUUUAAAAUAAUAAUUUAAGAAAUAACGCUUAAUUAAAUUAUUAACAUAUAUUUAUGUCUUUAUGUGUUUUAAUUACCGCUCAGAAUUGGUUGGGUUUUUCACGAAUUCUGAGUGGUACUGAAUUGUACAGGGCAUGGCGUAUCGCUUACUAUCAGUCUCUUCACUUUUCAUAAAAAUAUCCUUUCCUUAUACCUUCUACGUGAAUUUUACGAUGAUAGUGGCACAAGUAUCCAUUACCUCGCAUAAAAGGUUACUCAAGUUUUACAAAAUAUAUUUACUAGCUGACCCGGCAGACUUCCUACUGCCUCAAUCGAUAUUUUAAAUACCUAAACUUUUGUAUAAAAUUAACUUAAAACAAACAAAUAUAAAAAGUGCUCGGUACGAAUGAAAUUUUAAUCACACACGAUUCACGAUCACGUGACCUGUCUGUUGUUGUGUCUAUCUGUAAAACCUACGAAAAUAUUCAUUUAAAUCAUAUGCUCUAAACGGCCAUAUAGAUCAUCAUUUGGAUUAUGUUGGCUACUUUGGUUCUCCUACGGAUCUCCUCGUUUCUGAUUCGAUCUCACAGGGAAACUCCGAGCAUAGCCCUCUCCAUUGCCUUCUGAGGGUCGAUGAGCUUUCUUAUAAGGCCCAUUGAUAGCGGCCACGUCUGCGUACCGUAAGUCAUUAAUUUAUUUACUAAUCUUUAAUGCCAGACGAAGAAAUUAAGACUUUGGAAGUGAAAUUUAUUUAGAAUAUAAUAGAAUUAGAAAUUCAUGAAAUCUAAUUUAUUUAAAUACGCAAUCUCUUAAUCUCGAUACAUGAGUUACAAAAGGUGAUAAUUGCUAAUAAAUGCGUAAUAUAAGCCGAAGAUACAAACGGUAUACCAAAGGUAAGGUAAAUCACCAAAAUGUUUGGAUAUUGAAGCUUUUUGUACUAGAGAGAGCAAAUGGUAAGACCUCUAACACCAGAGGGCAAGCACGAUUAAAUUUUUUUAGUAACCGUUUUAAUUCAUUAUUGUUACAGUGAGGGAGAGUUGUGGAAAAGUUUUAGAUCCACAGUUAAUCCGAUACUGCUGCAGCCUAAAACCAUAAAAUUGUAUACAAAUAUAUUAAAUGAAGUAGCUGAUGAUACGAUCAAAAGAUGGAGAUCAAAACGCAAUGAUAACAAUAUGAUUGAUGGAAAAUUCGACGUGGAAGUAAACUUAUGGGCCUUAGAAUCUAUAGGUGUGGUAGCUCUAGGUGGUCGUCUAAAUUGUCUUGACCCCAGUUUACUUGAUGAUUCUCCAGCAAGACGGCUCAUUCAAAAUGUUCACGAUGUUUUUGUUAUGUCUGAAAAGUUAGAUUUCAGGCCAAGUUUAUGGAGAUAUAUCGCAACACCUAAUUAUAAAAAAGCUAUGAAGUGUUACGCAGAACAAUUGAAUCUGAGUAAAUAUUUUAUUAAUAAAGCAAUAGAGCAAAAUAAAAAUAAGGUGGGAGAAAAUAAAGAUGAGAAGGGAGUUCUGGAGAAACUAUUGGAGAUUGAUGAACGUGUAGCAACUAUAAUGGCUGGUGACAUGCUGUUUGCUGGAGUUGAUACUACUGCAAAUGCAAUGAUAGCCACAUUGUAUUUUUUGGCGAAAAAUCAGGAAAAACAAGAUAAGCUUCGAGACGAGAUAAAUAAUUCAAGCAUGGAACGAAAACCUUAUUUGAAAGCCUGUCUCAAAGAAGCGAUGAGGAUGAUGCCCGUUGUUGGAGGAAAUCUUAGAAAAACCACAAAGGAAUACAGCGUAAUGGGAUAUAAAAUACCCAAAGAUAUGUAUGUCACAUUCUCACAUCAAUUUCUAUCAAAUUUGGAAGAACACUAUCCGCGGCCGAAAGAGUACAUCCCGGAGCGAUGGGUAGCAGAGAAAACUGACCCCUUAUAUCAUGGAAACGCACAUUCUUUUGCUUACAGUCCAUUUGGUUUUGGCGUACGAAGCUGUAUAGGUCGCCGUAUUGCUGAGUUGGAGAUGGAAAUAUUCUUAGAGAAAGUAAUUAAAAAUUUUAAGAUUGAAUGGACUGGAGGACCUCUGAAAACACACGUAGCUGCAUUGAACUACAUUGUUGGACCUUUCAAUUUUAUUUUUAAUGAUGUUUGAUAAUUGACGAAAUAUGUGCUAUGGAUAAUUUUAUAAUAUUUAGCGACAAUUUCCAAAGCUCUGUUUCAAAAUACGGCUAUAUAACAAUGUUCUAAAGACUACGAUGAAUAACUGGAAUUAUUAUACUUCGUACAACAAA